GCUCCUCCCUGUACCUGUCACGUUGAAACGAGAAUGAGGAAGUGAAAAAGAGGAGCGAAGAACAGUGGACCUGACCGUGAGCUCGACUGUCAUUUGGACACUGUUACUUCACGUCUAUUCUAUCCGUAGAGCACCAUGGUUGAAGCAGACAUUGCACUGAUUGGUUUGGCUGUCAUGGGCCAGAACCUCAUCAUGAACAUGAACGACCACGGCUUUGUGGUCUGUGCCUACAACCGAACUGUAUCCAAAGUGCACGACUUCCUGAAAAACGAGGCUAAGGGCUCCAAGGUGAUUGGAGCCGAGUCUCUGGAGGACAUGGUGUCCAAGCUGAAGAAGCCAAGGAGGAUCAUCCUGCUGGUCAAGGCUGGACAGGCUGUGGACGACUUCAUUGACAAACUGGUUCCUCUUCUUGAGGCUGGGGAUAUUAUCAUUGACGGUGGCAACUCAGAAUACAGAGACACAACACGGCGGUGCAAGAGUCUCAAAGAGAAAGGCUUGCUGUUUGUUGGCAGUGGAGUAAGUGGUGGAGAGGAAGGGGCACGUCAGGGCCCCUCACUCAUGCCAGGAGGACAUAAAGAGGCCUGGCCACACAUUAAAGGCAUUUUUCAGAGCAUCGCUGCCAAGGUUGGAACAGGAGAACCUUGCUGUGACUGGGUUGGAGAUGAAGGUGCAGGACAUUUUGUUAAAAUGGUCCAUAAUGGUAUCGAGUAUGGAGACAUGCAGCUGAUCUGUGAGGCCUAUCACCUGAUGAAGGAUGUGCUGGGUAUGGACCAUGAUGAGAUGGCACAGGCUUUCGACAACUGGAACAGGACAGAGUUGGACUCGUUCUUGAUUGAGAUCACAGCCAACAUCCUUAAAUUCAGGGACUCUGAUGGUAAACAUCUGCUGCCCAAGAUCCGUGACAGUGCUGGACAAAAAGGCACAGGGAAGUGGACGGCCAUUUCAGCCCUGGAGUAUGGCACCCCCGUCACUUUGAUCGGGGAGGCCGUCUUUGCCAGAUGCCUGUCCUCUCUUAAGGAUGAGAGAGUGGAGGCCAGUCGCAGCCUUUCAGGGCCACAGGGGGUCAAAUUCAGUGGGGACAAGGCUGCCUUCCUGGAGGAUAUCAGAAAGGCCCUUUAUGCCUCCAAGAUCAUUUCCUACGCACAGGGCUUCAUGCUCCUGCGACAGGCAGCCAAAGAAUUUGGCUGGUCACUCAACUAUGGCGGGAUCGCUCUGAUGUGGAGAGGAGGCUGCAUCAUCCGAAGUGUCUUCCUGGGUAAAAUCAAAGAGGCAUUUGACAGGAAUGCUAAGCUGCAGAACUUGCUGCUGGACAGUUUCUUCAGUAGUGCUGUGCAGGACUGUCAGGAGUCAUGGCGCCGGACAGUCAGUGUUGGAGUCCAGCAUGGCAUCCCCAUGCCCUCUUUCACCACAGCUCUGUCCUUCUAUGAUGGUUACAGACACGAGAAGCUUCCAGCCAACCUCCUUCAGGCCCAAAGGGAUUACUUUGGAGCCCACACAUAUGAACUGCUGUCCUGUCCCGGUCAAUUCAUCCACACCAACUGGACAGGUCAUGGUGGAAAUGUCUCUUCUUCAUCCUACAAUGCUUAAAGACCCUUUUCACAUCACUGGAAAACAAAAUGGAAGGGAGAGAAUGAAGGGAAGUUACCUGUGACAGAUGACACGUUACACAAUCCAUCUUCAUAAACACACCUGCCUAUUUAAGAUCCACCCAACCCAACAGUCUCCUUACUCAAGUGUUUACUCCAUCUGGAUAAUAUGGCUAGCAUUAACUAGUCAUGUUGGGCCCAGGAAUUACGGUGUUAACACUGGAUUAAGGUGGACUGCACUGUAUUAGGCUAAAUAAAGGUCUCAAUCCCUUUAUAAUUGGCUUGUGCGGUCCUCAGUUUAUGGGUGCUGUAAACAGGACUAGGAUGUGUUUGUAUGUAGCACUAAAGUGAGCAACAAGUGACAAACUGCCUGAAAUUUUUUUUGUUUUUUUUAAAGGUUUGUGUGAUGACACACUGAGCCAUUGGCUUUAUCUAUGUGCAUAGAUACAUAUUUGAAGUGUGGACAGUUAGUUAAAAUUAAUAUAUCAUUACUGUUUAGUCUGUUUUCAAUAACUUAGAAUAUUCAAAAUGUUUUCAUCUUUAACUGGACCUGUAUCUGAAUCUAAAUAAAUAUGACCCCUGAAGGGAGGUAAUCAGUUAAAA